AUGACGAGCUUGGUGUCUCUUUGUACAAGUGUUUUCAGGACUGCUUCCCUCGAUUUAUCGGUGAAGGAGGCGAUGAAGAUGGUGGUGGUUCGAUCUGCUUUCCUCACUAACGUGUUGGUCCAUAUGGACCGUAAUUUGGAAGCUUUCCCGUCUUUGGAUCCAAGUGAACCGGCCCCAGCCCCGGCCCCGGCCCCGGCCGGCUUCCCCUACUGCUGCGGCACGCCCUGUGGCUGGCUCGCUCUCACGGACGACCUGCGAUCCCCCACGAGGCUCAUCCUCUGGGAGCCCCUCUCCAAAGCCGAGAUCCCUCUGCCCACUUUGACAACCGUCGCCCAAGUAUUCCUCUCCGGAGACCCGCUCGCCUCGCCGGGCUGGAUCGCGAUUGCGAGCCAGAAGAUCCCCGGCGCACAGAUCGGGCAGAGGCUCUUCUUCUGGCGUCCCGGGGACGAAGGCUGGGCGAUGCAGCUCGAGUACCCCACCGGCAGGAUCGAAGGCGCGGCCUUCCACAAAAGCAGAUUCUACAUCUCCACCAUCAACAUGUCCCUAGACAUUUUCGAUCUCCAAGAGCAUCCUCCCAAGCGUCUGCGGCGCAUCUGCCUCUACGCUCCUCUGCAAGCGCGGUGUCCACGCUUCCCUGGGAAUCCUAUGCCGCACGUCGUGGCCUGCAACAACCAGAUGCUGCUCGUUAUCGUCUAUCGCGGACCACGCCAGGCCGUGAUACUUGCAGAAGUGCACUGCCCGGAUUGGGAUGCAGACCGCCUCGACCUCCGGGAGGACAAGGUGUCGGAUCUCGGCGACUACUCGCUCUUCUUGGGCCGGGGUGACUCGCUCGCGCUCUCUGCAAAGGAGUUCCCUGCCAUCAGGAGAAAUUGUGUCUACUUUGUGGAGCACGAUACAUACAAGCAUGAGGAGUGGCUUAUUGUGUUUGAUUUGGGGUCAAACGAUUUGAAACGAAUUCCCCACCCACAAGAGCACAGGGAGGGCGGCAGCAAAACCACUGGCUGGAUGGCGUAUUCCUGGUUCUGUCCCAGAAAGCCCUUGGUUGAGGAGCAGGCCCUAUGAGGCUGCUACAGGAGGGCAAGCGUGGUGGCUCUACUUUCUUGCUUGUCUGGCACGAAAGUCUUCAGCAAGCCCCGAAGCCAUUCUUGGGAUUCAUGUAGAAGCACCUACAAAAACUAAAAAUUGGUACCUCUGCUUGAGCACGGGCGCACGGUACUCAGGUGAAGUCGGCAAGAUUGGAAGCUUGAGAUGCAGUAAUUUCAAGUAGGGAAACUUGCAAUUUAGUCGGGAUUUUAGUCGAGGGGCUCGGGAAC